GUAUGCUCUGCGGGCCUCUCUCAUCCCUCCGCCCAAGUGGACCCCAAUCGCCGUUGUAUUCUGAAUGACAAGAGGAGCUUUGAGCUGAAAUUCUUCCAUUUCACGUACAAUGUGAACUGUCUUGUCGACUGUCUUGUCGAUUGUGAUGGUGAAAUCAUGCUUCUCACUGUAUCAGCCACUGCUGUACCAUGUGUACAACAGAGCCUGUAUACAUUAACAUCAUUUCAGUGUACUGCCAUGUUCUCGUGUUUGGCUGAAUCCAUGCAGCGACAAUCUGCGGCGUGGGUGGGGUCCGCCGGGCCAACGCCCUCAGCCUCUUUCACGCUGAGCUGGCCCGAUAAGGUAACUCCUAGUAGUGAGGUAGCUAUAAGAUGCUACUCCCGCUUUCAUGCCAACCUUCCAAGACAUUUACUUGGCUCCAUUCCAGUCAUCAAUCAAACAUCUUGACUUACUGAUUGAGAAACCUCUGGUGAUUGGUUCUUGUAUCCAUCCAUCGUUUCAACAUGGCCUACAUGCUGUUCAAAUACAUACGCCGGAAGGUCAAGGAGAACAGAGAGAGGAAAGAAGCGUUAGCCACCGCAGACGAGCCCCAUCUCGUACCAGAGAUUGAUCUCGGGUUGAGACAAGAACAUGGCGAAGCUGUCCAUACGCCAACUGGGCAGGGGGAGCAUUCUACCAGUAAUCACAGCACACAUCUCACACCAGAAGAGCACCAGAGAGAAAAACAGGAGCGAGGACAACUCACCAAGAAUCGAUGGAAGCUCAUAAUAGGACUGAUACUUCCCAAUUUCCUCUCGGCAGUCGAUGUUACCAUUGUAGCUCCGGCCAUUCCAGAGAUCUCCUCCCACUUCAACCAUCUGAGCGGAAGCUUCAACUGGAUUGUGGCCGCUUACACCCUUACAUUUACUACAUUCGUGCCAAUGUCUGGCCAACUAGCCGACGUGUACGGUCGUCACUUCGCUCUCCACUUCCAAAUGUUUUGGAUCCUCGUCGGCAGCAUCCUCUGUGCUGCCGCUCAAUCAUGGACAAUGCUUCUAUUCGGCAGAGCCAUCCAAGGACUGGGCGCUGCGGGCAUUAUGAACCUCACAAGAAUCAUACUCUCAGACGGUGUCAGUCUUGCCGACAACUCCAAAAAUAACACCGUCUUCUCCUUGAUCAAUGGAAUCAGCUUCGCGGUUGGCCCAGUUAUAGGCGGGUACCUCACUUCGGCGAGUUGGAGGUAUUGCUUCGUGGUCCCCAUCCCCAUCGCAGUAAUCUCACAUGUCCUCAUCUUCUUCUUGAUGCGCAAAAGUCUUGUGCAAGGCCGAGUCGCGUUGAAGAACAGCGACUCCCGUCGGACAGGAUACAUCACUGGGCUGGGCAUCAUAGACUGGAUCGGAGCAACAACCUUCAUCUCGGGCGUCGGCCUCAUCAUCCUCGCCGUACAAUGGGGCGGUACACAAUUCGCAUGGGACUCAGCCGGCGUCAUUGUCCCCCUCGUCCUCGGAACCUUCCUCUUCAUCACUUUCUUUGCAAACGAAUACCUCAUGGGAUCAAACCGCCUCAUGAACCGCCUCUUCCCCAAACAAGUCCCCAUGAUCCCAUCCUCCAUCUUCCGCAAAAAGGACACCUCUUUACUCAUGAUUAUCAACUUCUCCGCGGGCAUGUCGCUAGUCUCAGCCUUCUACUUCGUGUCUUACUACUGGCAGCUCGCAGAGAACUACCCGGCCUCGAAAGCAGGAACACAGCUCCUCUACUACACCCCAGGGCUAGGCGUGGGCGUCUACUCGGCAAUGUUCAUGUGCAACGUGUGGCCGCGGCAAACCUUCCCGCCUCUCUUCUGGGGCUCCAUCGUCGAAGCCGUCGGUCUCAGCGUAAUGACGUGGGCCAUCUCCGCGCGCCACACGACGCUCGUCAGCGUGUUUCUUGCGGUCGCGGGCGCGGGCACGGGAUUGCGCUUCAUGCCCAUUGUGCUGCACGCAGCGGGGAUGUGGCCGAAGCGCAUCGCGGCCAUCCAGAGCGCGUUGAGCUUCACCCUGCCGCUCGGCGAAACUAUCGGCAUCUCCAUGAUGGGAUCCGUCUUCAGCAACAAGUACAGCCAGUCUCUGCUAUCGCUGGAGCACUUGAGUGGCGCUGCCGGCCUGGCGUCGUCCAGCGGGUUGAAGAAUCUGGAUGCGUUGAAAGGGCUGCCUUCGUCUCAGCUGCAGCCUGUGCAGGACGCCGCGUCGGAUGCGGUCAUGUGGGCAUUCAUUACGAUUUUACCGUUCAUGGGCGUUAGCAUCGUCGCUGCGCUUUUCUUGGGGAAUGUGUGGAUUGGAACGCCGAGGAAGCUUGAUGAGGAUGGGAAGGUGAAGAGCGAGGAGACCAAGGGCAUGGUAAUGGAUGUCCCCUACCUGUACGGGUUAUUAACUGGCAGUGUGGCUACUUAUAGGAGGAUUGUGGAUCCGAUUGUUGAGCAGGCUGAGGUGGAGAGAGAGAAAGGGAGAGAAGGAGUAUUUGAUGUUGAAGCCCCAGAUACGAGGAUGGAGGAACGGCCGCCGAUGAGAGUUUAAAUAAAUCGUUUCCUUUGUAUGCUUGUCUAUAUACCAUCGAAGCAAAGUAUCCUUCAGAAACCAGACUGAAUCAAACUCGUUUCUUACCACAAAA